UUUGAUUGGAAAUUGCAGCGCCUUAAGUCAGAGCUGUGGGGUAUCUGUCAAAGGAGGGAGAGAAACUUGUGAAUGAUCUCUGUGGAAAGCCAAUAAAUAAGGGACAAGCCUAACUUUUUUUCUCUUGGAGAACUUUUUUCCCCCCCUUGAGUAUUUCUUUAUCUAGUGGAAAAUGGGCUCACGGAGGACAACAGCACGCGCCUCUUUUGGCAGUGGAAGAUCCAGCAGUGGGGAGGAUAUGAGAGCGAAUAGCCGGCCUAACGGCUGCAGCUACCUCUCUAACGUCAGGCCGGAGAACAGGAGCACGCUCUGCAGUAUGAUGGCACAGUUAACUGAGGAAACACAGCCCUCCUUCGAAUUGACCCUCAAGUCAAAAGCCGUGUCCGAGAAAUGCAAUGUGAAGUUCUCUUGUGUGGUGACAGGAAACCCUACUCCUCAAAUUACUUGGUAUAAGGAUGAUGUGCAGUUAGACAGAUACUGUGGACUUCCUAAAUAUGAAAUAUUCCGCAAUGGAAAAAACUAUUCCCUACACAUUUACAAUUGCACUGUGGAGGACGCAGCCAUAUACCAGGCCUCAGCCAGCAACACUAAAGGCAUUGUGUCCUGCUCUGGGGUUCUGGAGGUGGGCGAAAUGAACGAGUACAAGAUCCACCAGCGCUACUUUGCCAAGAUCAAGCAAAAGGCCGACAACAAACGCAAGGAAGUGGAAGGUAAAGAAAACCAGGAGCCGAUUCGAACCAUCAGUCCAGACCGUACACCGAGGAAGCGCCGCUCCACAAUGGACACCUUUCUCAGCACGCCAAGCUCCUUGGAGGAUGAGGGCAAUGAGGAGAGCAAACAGGCUCUAACUGAACAGACUGAGACCAGGUUACAUGAGGCAACUGUGAAGGAGAUGGAGGAAAAAUCAGUCCCCAUCACUAAUGGCACAGUGUCUGCUGUAUCCAAUGGACAGACCGUCAGUGAAAACGGUAACAAGAGUGGGACAAACAUUUAUGACUCUGCUCAGAAGAGUUUUACAGCACAGCAGACAAAAACUCCCUUUGUCAGGAAGAAGAUUAAAAUGUCCAACAGCGCACAAGAAGAGCGGGCACCUGAGGAGAGAACCGCAAAGGAGGAGAACAUUACCCCUGUAGUUCUGGCCUGCACAGAGUCAGUGCAGUUUAAGGGGAUUUCAGAAGAGUUCAUGGAAGUAGAAAACAUUGUUAGUUCAUCAGUUGUGGAUUCAGUCCCUAGAAAGAUGGCACAGGGACAUCAGAAAUCAGAGGAAGUAUUGCUUGCUGACAGGCAUUCAAAGAAUGAAAGCGUACGCGUUGAGGUAGCUGUGCCUUCAAAGAAGGAACAGCUGUGUCUUCUAAAGAAGGAACAGCUUACUGCCUCUGUACCUCCAGCUGCUCCUACAUCUACAGGUCACAAUAUGUCUGGAGCUAAAGGCAAAAAAGAUGCAAAGCUUGAGAAGGAAGCUGGACGCAACAAUCCAGAAAAAAUAUUGGAAAUGCAAAAGCGAAUUCCUCCCAUCACCUCAAAACAGAGACAGUCAAGUCCUACAGCACCUCCCCGAAAACAUAGAAACUUAGUUAAGGGGAAUAUGUCUAAAAUAGAACCUCAAACAGUCAUGGAUGUUGACAAGAAGUCAAACACUUCCAUUGCUGGAUCUUUAGCACGUAAAGAGAUUGAGGCCAUAAACGCACCGUGUGAAAGCACGUCUGCUUCACCUCAGCGUCCAUGUGAACAGGCUGGAGAUAAGCAGUCUCUGAAAGAAACAGGCCCCUGCCAGAAAAAUGUGUCUGUGUCUCAGCCAGCGCAGCUGAAUGAGGUUAAACAGGUCCAUACAAAGAGGAACAGGAAUGAUGCACCUGUCAGCCUUGAGCUUCCACAUAACAGGAUGGACAUGCCUCGACCACAAAAGACUCCAUCAGAGAGAAAGACCACGACAGAUGACCUCCAGACCCCUUCCGCGCACUGUGGUGUUCAAGUAGCAAUGGGCAAAAUGACACAGGACACAUGGGAUCAUUCCAGGGGAUCAAAUGAAAGCCAUACAGUCCUUAUUACAGACGUGCAGAAGUCACCCUUCAAAAGCACCGGUGGUGGUGAGAACACCUCAGGGUGUAACGUUUCUUCCAGCGUCGAGCAAAGCCAAGGUGAUACAGCCAUAAAAACUGUUGAAGGGACAGAGAUACAAGUUGAUGAGAAGGUAAAACAUAACGAGGCAGGUAAGUUAUUGGCGCAGUCUGACAGCAUGGCCCCAAAUGAGAAGAUAGAUGAGAUGGAGACUGAAAGUCCUACUCUGCAUAUGACUGAACACACUGGAACAGAAAAGCCCAAAGAUGCAGCAGAUAAAGACUCUGAUGUCCGUGUUGGGGAUGCAUCUAAUAAAGAAACAGAGAAGAAUGAGCAUUUAAUAAAAAUGGCGGAGGAAACUAGUUCAGCAUUACAGAAUUUGAAGUCAUUUAUAAUUGAGCCUGCGAUCCAACUCCUUACAAAAACUCCAGGAAAAGCAAAUAUAUCAGAACUCCAAUUGAAAGAUUUACAGGAAAUUCAAGAACCUGUAACAAAAAUCAUAUCUGUAGCUGAACUUCUGAGAUCACAAUUAAAAGCUCUUGACGCCACAUUAGCAAAUUCAGUGACCACCAUACCAGUCCAUGCUAGCGUUUUACAAGAUGCAGCUCCAGCGGUGACUGAAAAAUGUGAGGAAAUAAAGGAGAAGGACAGGAAACCAGAAGUAGAGAAGUCAAUGUCUGACAGGAAAAGUGAGACACAUGAUGAUAAACCUCUAAGAACAAUAAAGGAAACUCUUACGGAGAUUUAUAAUCUACUAAAUGAAGAAAAUCAAGGUGAACUUUCCCCGCCUGUUCAGGCUUUACAGAAACCUCUUUCAACCCCACCUAUCUCUGCUGUAGACACUGGCACCACUAAAGAGACUACAGGACUUCAUGGUAGUGAUGAAAAGUAUAAUGAAAGUGUUAUGGACAUUUGCCAGGAACUUGCAGCUUCAACUCUGGUUCCUCUGAAAGAAUGCCCAGUUGUUUCCGUUUGUGGGAGUGAAAAUGACAGACACGAGUUUCCUCUUUCGACAUCUAAUGAUGAACUGACCAAAAGACUUGCAUCCGGGACUGUAGGUCUAGAAACUGGGACUCCACUUGCAGUGAAACCUACAAAGGCCAGUAGCCAAGAGUCGAUUAUAACAGUUUUGGAGAAUGCCAAAGGUAAACCUGUUGACGGCAAAGACAUGGGAGUUAUACCGAAGUUAACAACAAAUUGUUCUUUGCAGAGUGUAGAAAAGGUUCCUACUAAAAGUGAACUUGGCACAGAUACAAAAGAGAAUAAUAUUAACAUUAUUCAGCAGGAUAGCUCUAUGGUUAAAGAAGUUCGAAGGACUGACUCCUUGGGCAGUUUAACUCCUCAGGCUAGUCCAUUAUUAAAGAGAAGAGACUGUGUUUCUCCCAUUCCUUCUGCAACUCCUCAAGAGCUGGCCUCUGGAGCCAGACGCAAAAUCCUUGUACCCAAGACUAAAUCUGAGGAGGCAUCAGAGGCAACAGCACCAGUUGAUAUCCAAACUCAGAAGAAGGAAGGUCCUGCUGAGGGCAACAGGCUUUCUGUAAGUCCUGUGACUCUCUCUACGUCUCCAAGCAUGUCACGGCGGUCACCGCUACUUCAGAUACCUGGUGAGCAAACGCCUCCAACAGAGAGGCGUUCCCCCCUCGUGAGCAGGAGGAAGAUGGUAUCUGAGACGCCGGCACCGAGUCAGCCACCUAAAGAGGAGAUCCACACCCAGAAAACUGAUGGGAAACCUGCAGAGAAGGACAAGCAUGACCCAUUCAAAGCUCCUCAAGUUAUUCGUAAGAUCAGAGGUGAAAGCUUUGCAGACGCCUCGGGACACUUGAAACUGUGGUGCCAGUUCUUCAACAUACUUAGUGACUCUACAAUCAAAUGGUACAAAAAUGAGGAGGGGAUUGCUCAGAUUCAAAGAAAUGCAGGGGAUGAAACCCAGGUCAAUCUUGCCAUUGUUCAGGCAUCAUGCAUAGACUCUGGUGUUUACGGUUGCACAAUCAUAAAUGAGUAUGGGACCGACUCAACAGACUUUCUGCUUAGUGCAGACGUCUUGGCUGGAAUGUCCCUACGUGAGGACCUUGGUGUUGGUGAAGAAAUUGAAAUGACACCCAUGAUAUUCAGCAAGGGUGUAGCUGAUUCUGGCGCCUGGGGUAACAAAUUCUUUGGCCGUAUAAUGAUGCAGGAAUCACAUAUUGGUAAAGGCUGUUCUCAUAAAGUCUGGAGGGCAAAAGUCAUCUAUGGUCUGGAGCCUGUGUUCGAGUCUGGAAACACAUGUAUAAUUAAAGGGCUCAACCCUAUCGCCUAUGGAGGGAAAGCAGAAAGCUGCCUUAUCGACAGGAACCUGGACAUCGUCAAGCAGGAGUGUAAAAUUCAGAACCUGGUUCGUGAAUACUGCAAAAUCUUCUCUGCAGAGGCAAGAGUGAUAGAAAACUUUGGCCCAUUACUUGAGGUGCUGCCAGUCUACCUGAUGUACCGACCAGCAAACACUGUCCCUUAUGCCACAGUGGAGGCUGACCUGACAGGAGUCUAUCAGAAAUACUCUGUCCUGGAUGAUGCAGGCAGAUUAGACACAAAGUCUGGCUCUGAGGCGGGGCAGAAGUGCUGUGCCCUGCAGCACUGGAUCUUUCAGUGGACCAGCGGCAAUCUGCUAAUCUCUCGGAUUGAAGGUGUUGACACCAAGAUCACCAACGUUGGAAUUUCAAUCAAAUCAACAGGGCAUCACGGUCUGUCUGUCGAAGGGAAUCCCAAAGUUUUUGAGCAGUUUGUCUCCCACCACCAGUGUAACUAUUUCUGUGGUCUGCUCAGCCUGAGGUCACUAAAGAUCAUGGACUCUUUGUUGACGCCAACCAAGCCCAAAGGCACCAAGAGCCCGUUACUUCAGCGUAAAAUGGCUGGUGGCUCCAACAGCCCUCAGACAGGCCGGAAAGCUGCUGGCAGCCCCAGACUGCCCCGGAAAACUGAGCAAGAUGGAAGGAAUACCCCCACGAAACAAAAAGCUGCUGACAUGCCCAUAGCUGUUAAGGUGGAAUAGAGUGAUUAUCUCUCAAUUAGACAGAAUGAGUCACAGAAUUUGUUAUGGAAAUGGAGGAUUUCAAGUUUUUUUACCGUCACAUGUACACUGCACAUAGAGUGAUAUUUUGUCUUUGCACUAGCCCCAUUGUAGAAGUACAAGGAGCAGUAGGUACUACUACACCACCCUGGGAUCCAUGUGGGCUGCCAAUGUCUUGCUCAAGAGCACCUUGAUGAACUGGCAUCUCUCUGAGUACUAUCCACACUCCCCACUCGGUCCUUUUCGGGACUUGAAAACUCGACCCUCCAGUUUCAGAAGCCAAGUCCCUACCGACUGAGUUAAUGCCGCUCAAACUGCUAAGAUAUGAGGAAAAGAUGAAUAAAUAGCAUGACUUAAAUAUUUAAUCAUAACGGCCACCAUUCCUUGCCAUGAUCACUUAGUGUGGAUUGACGCCCUCACGUGUUGUGGUGUUUAUUAGUGUAUCUUACAUUGAGACUCAAUCCACAGUGUAGCAGCAAGAAGUAGCUUUCCUGGGUUUGUAUUCAUCGAUUCAUGUACCAUUGAAGGUCACAGAUUGUGAAUCCCAAUCUCAGGUCACUGUGUUUGUACUAAAUAAAUGUGCAAGAAAAACAUGUUGAACUGAAGUGGCAUUACAUGUGUAUUUUUGUAUUUAAGUUGAAGCACAAUCACUUUUGUAGUCACCGUUGUGAGAAUGUAGGGCAGUUAUCGUGUUACUUAAGUACAACUAGAACAGAUACACAGUACAACCAAUUUUAGGCUGGGAAUAAACAACCCCAUUUUUUUUCAGGAAUGUACCAAGCUAAAUGUAGCUUUACAUGAAAUUGUUGUACAGUGGCAGAUGGUGCUGUGGUUUUAUAUUGUAACCUGUCCUGUUUACUUGCUGUUCUACAUUGCACUGCAUUUUUAGAAACUGCACCUUUGAAUGCAACAGGCUGUAAAAUAAAAUAAAAUGUGUGAAAAAAAUAAAA